GCUUGUUGACGGAACCGCCCGCCGCAUCCUGAAGCUGAGGCAGGCAGGCAGGCGCCGCUUCUCCCUCACGCCUCCGUCCGUCAUGGCGCCCACCCGCGCCCCGAGGAAAGCAGAGGCCGCCUCAGCCGGCCCGCCUCCCGCAGCGGGGGACGUCGCCCCGUCGCAGCCGGCCCCUGACAGGUUACCUUUUUCCGAAACAGACUUUGUUGCCUUAUGUGAUGCUUUACGGGUAUCAGACAGCAUAAGAACCACUGCUUGGCAGUCGUAUGAAAAUGUGUUAUUUACAUGCGGAAAUGUAGAAAGCCAUCUUAAAAAAGAGCUGUGGGGAAUCUGUAUUUUUGCUGCGGCAGCCGACUCAGAUGAGAUGACAUUCACUUUUACAGAGCUUCUGAAAUGUCUGAGUAUUAGCAUAUGUAAAUUCGUUAAUCGGAUUGAAGAAAUGGAGGACACAAUUAGUACUAAAGUGGGUAGUAUUAUAUCACGCCUGAAGAAGAAAUAUGAUGUAUUGUUUGCACUAUACCGGAAGUUAGAAAGGACUUGGGGACAGAUCUAUGUUGACCAGCCUAGUGAUCAAAGUUCUUCUGAACGAAGUUCUUCAUUAGUUCUAAAAUUAUGCUGGAUCACAUUCCUUUUGGCAAAAGGAAAAGUGUUGCAGAUAGAAGAUGACCUGGUUAUCUCCUUCCAGUUACUGCUUUGCGUACUUGAUUAUUAUAUCAAACUGUUGCCUCCUGCCGUACUCAAGGAACCAUACAAAUCUACUGUGAGUGCCUUGUCUGCUAAUAGCGCAACACGAACUCCCAGGCGUCAGAACAGAAGUUUGCGUGCAUCAAAACAAACAGAUACAGAUAUAAAGGUUAUUGAGGAACUUUGCAAGGAACAUGACUGUAAUUUGGAUGAGGUGAAAAAUAUUUACUUCACUAGUUUUAUUCCAUUCUUGAAUUCUAUGGGAAUUACAGCUUCCAGCGGACUUCCAGAGGUUGAGACUAUAUCAAGCAAAUAUGAAGAAAUGUAUCUGAGAAACAAGGAUAUCGAUGCCAGGUUGUUCCUGGAGAAAGAUGAAACUUUACAAAAUCACACAGAAUGUUUGCAGUUGGAGAUAACACCAACAAAAAACAACCCAGAUGACGAUACUCCGGGUGUACUUCAACAGACCCCUGUCCGGGCUGCCAUGAAUACUAUUCAGCAGUUAAAGAUGACUUUAAGCUCUGCAAGCGAUGAGCCAUCAGACAACCUCAUCUCCUAUUUUAAUAACUGCACAGCAAAUCCCACACAAGACAUACUGGAAAGAGUGGAAAAUCUUGGUUGUGUCUUCAAGCAGAAAUUUGCUGAAGCAGUUGGCCAAGGAUGUAUUGAAAUUGGAUCACAGAGGUACAGGCUUGGAGUGAGGUUAUACUACAGAGUGAUGGAAUCGAUCUUAAAAUCGGAAGAAAAACGACUGUCAAUUCACAAUUUUAGCAAACUUUUGAACAACAGCAUCUUCCACAUCUCUUUGCUGGCCUGUGCUCUUGAGGUUGUUAUGGCUACAUAUGGCACUCCAAGGAAUACCUCGCUAAAUGACCACACAGUUAUGGAAACAGACUUAUCUUUCCCGUGGAUCAUCAACAUACUUGACUUAAAAGCCUUUGACUUGUACAAGGUUAUCGAAAGCUUUAUUAAAGCAGAACCAAACCUCACAAGGGAAAUGAUAAAACACCUAGAAUGCUGUGAACACCGCAUUAUGGAAUCCCUCGCUUGGCAAUCGGAUUCACCGUUAUUUGAACUUAUAAAACAGUCGAAGGAACGGGACGGACAGGCUGACCCGCUUGAACCUGCUAGCUGCCUUACUCAGCCUCCUCAGCAUAAUCACACUGCUGCAGACCUAUAUCUCUGCCCCAAUUCAACAUACUCCGCUGCGAUUCCGGAUGUUCAGCCAGCGUUGGUUAAUCAGCCUCAGAGACCACAGAAAUCGACUUCUCUCACACUUUUUUACAAAAAAGUGUACUGGCUGGCUUACAUACGAUUGAACAAUUUAGCUUCACGUCUUCUUCCUGACCACCCGGACCUGGUACACUUGAUCUGGACGCUUUUUCAUCACACGCUGCAAAAUGAAUAUGAACUUAUGAAAGACAGGCACUUAGACCAGAUUAUGAUGUGUUCCAUGUAUGGCAUAUGUAAGGUGAAGAACAUCGAUCUCACAUUUAAAACCAUUGUGACAGCAUAUAAAGAACUCCCUAAUACAAACCAAGAGACUUUCAAGUGUGUUUUGAUCAGGGAAGGAAGAUACGAUUCCAUUAUAGUCUUCUACAACUUGGUGUUUAUGCAGAAACUGAAAACUAAUAUUUUGCAGUAUGCUUCCAACAGACCUCCGACAUUGUCACCUAUACCACACAUUCCCCAGAGCCCUUACAAGUCUAAUUCUCCUUUACGUGUUCCUGCGGGGAACAACAUCUACAUCUCACCUUUGAAAAGCCCCUCCAAAUUCUCUGAGAGGCUGUUGUCUCCCAACAAAAUGACACCGAGAUCGAGGAUAUUGGUGUCAAUAGGUGAAACCUUUGGGGCUGCUGAAAAGUUUCAGAAGAUAAACCAGAUGAUGUGCAGUAGCGAUCGCCACCUGAAACGCGGGUCGGAAAUAAGCUCUGUGCCCAAACCUCUGAAGAGACUGCGCUUUGAUAUAGAAGGGCAGGAUGAAGCAGAUGGCAGGGAGCAUCUCUCUGGAGAGUCCAAGUUCCAGCAGAAGCUUGCAGAAAUGACGUCCACUCGAACCAGAAUACAAAACCAGAAGCUAAAUGAUGGAGCUGACAUUUCUAUCCCUGAUCAAAAAUGAAGUCCCCUGUAGGUCAUAUCACACACAUUCUGCUUUGCUAACUCCUACAGAGCCCCUGGCAUACAAAUCUUAGCUUCUCCUUUUGUAACCGAUAGCUAAUUUGAAGUAGUUGGGCUUUUAAAACUUGUCCCCUCUCCCUCCCGCCGCUUAUGCCAUUGAUGCAGCACAUAUGCAAUAUUAUCUACUUAACUGUUAAUUUAUAUAAAUUAGAGGGGGGCGGGUUAAGUGAAAAUUUCUUUGUUUUCCAAUGUAGCAUUACUGGUUUGAUACCAUUUUGUUCUAUUUAUACUGAACUCGGGGUGGGGUGGGAUGUUUGAAGUUUAAGUAGAAUUAGUCAAAAUGCACUAAUGUCAUUUGAAUAUUAGAAUUUGAUGCACUACUUUUCCAUAAAUUAGAAUCCAAAUACUGCAGUGUUUAAAAAUGAGGUUUCCAUUUUUGUAGUCCACGGAGUCUCAGCUAUGCACGCAGAAGUAUCUGCAAGAUUGAGCCCUACGACUGUGCGUAGCGCUUGGCAGUGAGGUGUAAACUCAGUGUCUAGCCAUACUACUGAAACAAACAAAAACCCCUAUACCUCAUCGACACAUCCAUCGUCACCUGUUUUUAAAAAAACAUGCACUUAUUUGUUUGCAGCUAGCCUGGUUGGAUUUUACUUAAUUAUUCCGAGAGCCAGAAUAGCAGUUCUUUCUUCUGCAGUACGUGAUACCCCAAAGUGCACUUUUUCCGACUGCAUCAUGAACAAAGAAAGAGAUUAAAAAUGCCGUAGAGCGAAUGGCUCUAGAUGCAUUAGUUUCAUGCAAAUCAGUACGUGGAUUGUAAACACUGAAUAUGUAAAGACAAAACUGAAACCCUUGGGAUUUUUACUAGUAAUAGGUUUAUUUAAGACUUUGGAUAGAAAAAUUGCAAGUAUUUUAUUAUGACUGUAUUCCAAAUAAUUGGCAACUGUACACUAGAAGUAUUGUUCUGUAUACUAAUGUUAUUCCUUUAAGGAUAAAUAAAAGUUUUUAAAAUAA